UGUGCACACGGUCCGUCCAGUCACACGGCAGCAGACAGUCAGGAGAACCCGCAGCAGCAGAACAAACAGCAGGAACCUGUGAGGAGCAGCAGAACUUCAGCAGAACGUUUUCCAGCUGUUCUCGUCUGGACCGUUUCUGAGGAACCUUCAGCUUCAUCAUGUUCAGGAACAACGACCCGGAGAAGCUUCACCUGGCGACGCAGCAGAGGAGCUACUCAGCAACUGAAGGCUUGUCGGACCUCAACGUGCUGCAGAAAGAUGGUGGCAUCAAGCAUUGCCAUGACAACAGCCACGCCCAGCAGGACCGCGAGAUGGAGAAGAAAUCUGCCAGGAAAAGACUCUACCUGGUGUCGGUCAUCUGUCUGGUCUUCAUGAUUGGAGAGAUUCUGGGUGGGUACUUUGCCGGCAGCCUGGCCGUGAUGACCGAUGCUGCUCACCUGCUGACGGAUCUGACCAGCUUCAUCAUCAGCCUGCUGUCGCUCUGGUUAUCGUCCAAACCAGCGACUCAUAGACUCAACUAUGGCUGGCAUCGAGCAGAGAUCCUGGGAGCUCUGCUGUCCGUCUUCACCAUCUGGGUGGUCACAGGUGUCCUGGUCUACCUGGCCGUGGAGCGACUCAUCAACAACGACUUCACCAUCGAGGGAACCGUCAUGCUGAUCACGGCCGGCUGCGCUGUGGUGGCAAACAUCAUCAUGGCGGUGACUCUUCACCAGUCGGGCCAUGGACACAGUCACGGAGGAAUCAGCUCUCAUGGACAUGGACAUGGCGACGGAAAACACCAGAACCACUGCAGAGACUCUGAAAGCAACCAGAACAACCACAGUCGGAGGACUCAGCAGUCCAACGCCAGCGUUCGAGCAGCGUUUGUCCACGUCGUCGGAGAUCUUCUGCAGAGCAUCAGUGUGUUCAUCAGCGCCCUGAUCAUCUUCUUCAAGCCGGAGUAUAAGAUCGCUGAUCCCAUCUGCACCUUCCUGUUCUCCAUCCUGGUCCUCUGCACCACCUUCACCAUCAUCAAGGACAUCCUCAUAGUGCUGAUGGAGGGGACCCCGUCAGGCGUGAAGUACUCGGAGGUCAGAGACGGUCUGCUGGCGGUUAAAGGAGUCACAGCUGUUCACAACCUGCACAUCUGGGCUCUGACCGUCAACCAGGCGGUUCUGACCGCUCACAUCGCCAUCGAUGAGACUGUGGAUGCUCAGACGGUCCUCAGAGAAAUGACCCAGGUCUGUUUCUCCUCCUACAACUUCCACUCGGUCACCAUCCAGAUGGAGCGGCAGGCCGACCUGAAGCCUGGAUGUUUUCUGUGCGAGAACCCCAAGAAGUAGAACCUGCAGGAGGUUCUGCUGCCGUUUCACUGUGAAUCAGGUUUGAACCAGCGAGAGCUCAGCUGGUUUUAGGGGAGAAGAUCGUUUCUCCUGUACGACACUUUAUCUGUUUUUGCUUUUAAAUGUAUUUACUAUGAAACUGAAAUGACAAAUGUACUGUACAAUAAACUUUAAUCUAUUCUGAA